UCAUUGGAGGAUAAAGAGACGGAUGAUUUAUUGGAUGAGGAGUAUAGGAGAAAGGUUAGCGAUGAGAUCAGGCAGAGGAAGCGGGAAAAAAAGCUUCAGAGCGAAUUGAUUGUCCAGGAGUCAUCACCAGCAAUUAACACCAGUUGUAUAACAGACCUCUCUACGACUAGCACUGGACUUGUAACUCCCCCAGAACAGGUAGUUGAAGAAUCGAUUCCAAAGGAAUCAUCUGCAGAGUCAGCGAUACCCUGUGAGUCUUUUGGAAACAAGCAGGACACUCCACCCCAAAAAAUUCCCUAUAAUCAGAAAGUAGAACAAGAUUUAAUACGCGAACUACUUGAAUUUAUUAAAUGCCAUAAUUCCACAUCCUUACCGAAUUCUAUAUCUAGCAAACAUAUUCCAGAUGUCCCAGUCAAUGCUGACCUAACUCCAGGUUCUGUACUUCAUUUAGCUCAUUUAUUUGACAAGGCUGAAAAGACCGGUCGGAAAGAAAAAUUACGAUGGUAUUACUAUAGUGAGGAAUAUGAAAAAAAGAUUGUAACCCUUAGAUCCGAAAAUGAUAUUAGCGAUCAAAUGGCAAGAACGCAGAUUUAUGAUGAAAUGGAGCUGUAUCUUCCCGGUAAAAAGAGAGAGUAUUUGCGUAAGAUGACACAAAAGGCUAAAAACAUCUAUACCUUGUUUAAAGGAAUAGGAAUAGAUAAAAUUGGAGUGGUUACAUCUAGUGCUGAUGCAAUCUCUGGACUAACUGAUGCACAAAUCCAGAAUAUAAUAAAUCUUUAUACUGAUGAACUAACCAAAUCUCAAAAAUUGAUCGGCGUGAACAAUUGCUCACGCACACGUGGUCUGCCAGCUGAAGUACCAGCAUUCUCUCAGCCAAAUGCUCCAUCGGAAAUGAUUUCAUCAGACAUGUCUCAAGCAAAUGUACCAUCUGCAUCCCAAUCUAAGCCCGAUCAUUCUUAUUUUCGCAACAAGAUAUUGGAUCAAUAUUCUAAUCUAUAUAGAGAAUGUAGUAGUGAAAAUUUUGAUUAUUAUGGGAUUACUGAUGAGACAUCAGGGGACUAUAUCUGCCCAUUAUGCAAAUUAGGUCAUGAUGAUGAAGAAAUAAAAGAUAAGAUUCGUUCCAAAUUAUACAAAAGAUAUAAAAAAGAAACUGGAAAUGAGCCAUGGCAACUAUCAGAAGUACAUGAAUCGGAAGUUAUAAAUUCAAAGCCAGAAAAAGGGCCCAUCACCUUCGAAGCCAGACCUGAUCCAGAAUUAAUUAUCAAAUCCGUCUUAGAGCAUUUCACAUACUUGAAAUUCCGAAAUAGUUUUAGGGGGAUUGAUAAUUAUAAUUUUGCAUCACUUCAGCCAUGGAGCUCACCAUGUCCUAUUUGCAAUGGAAAACAUGGGAAUUAUGGAUUACAUGGCUCAUGGUACUGCGAAAAUGGGAAUCAGCUCCCUUAUGACCCUGAAUUAGCGAAGUUCUAUUCUCAAGAUAAGUUGGAAUAUUGUCUUACCUGCAACACUUCAAGCAAUAAACUCAAGUAUUUUUUUCGUCAAUCAUCAUUUCGUGAUUUGGGGAUAAGAAUUGCAAGGGAUGAAAUGUCAGAAUGCAAGUUCGUUAUAACUGUUAUAAAAUAG